AUGAAAGGUGAUAAUGUACUUAGCCCUCAUAAUAAGCGUGAUGUCCAAAAAUAUGACGAAAGUAAGGUUGAAACUCAAAAGGAUAAAAUUAUUGAUUACUGUGGAAAUUACGUAAGCGGAAUUUUAGUCGUUUUUGCCAGCGAGCCUCUGGAUACAAUCAAAGUGCGAAUGCAAACUUUUCCAACAAUGUACAAAGGCAUGGCCGACUGCUUUCGCAAAACCAUCAAGAGAGACACCAAGACAGGUCUAUUUGCUGGCACCACUCCUGCUAUGGUAGCAGGUCUUCUGGAUAAUACAAUAUCCAUGAUUGGAUAUGAGACGUUCAGAGUCAUAUUAUUGACUUUAUCUGGAAAAAAAUUGUCAGAAGAACUAAGUUUAUCUCAAAGAGCUGCAGCUGGAUGUUUAACUGCUGGCGUUUCGUGUCUUUAUUUAUGUCCAAUGGAUUUGCUUAAAUGUCAAUUGCAGGCAUGGCGAGAUAUAAGAGAUAUGCAUUCCAGAGCUGGUCUUCAAAUACAGGAUAUAAAACCAUGGAAGUUAAUGAACUUAAUAGUAAAACAGCAUUCAUAUAGAGGUCUUUACUGCGGUUGGAACAUUACCAUGGCUCGAGAAGUACCCGGAAGUCUAAUCUUCUUUGCUGGAUUAGAUGGUUUUAAAAAAUUAUUAGCCAGCCCAGACGAAAAUCCAGAAGAAUUGAAUAUUCUGAAAAAUAUGGUAGCUGUUUCUGUUGCCGGGUGCCUCUUGUGGUUGGUAAUUUAUCCUAUAGAUGUAAUUAAAUCUCGGGUUCAAGUUAUGACUAGCAAAAAGACUGUCAAUGAUGUUAUUUUUGAUAUGGCAAAAAGAGAAGGUCUUUGGACAUUUUAUAAUGGAUUGAAACCGACAUUAGUGAAAACUAUAGUUGUAACAGUGGUACUUUUAGCAACUCAUGAAUCUACAAGACACGUUAUUAAAAAUUUCUCAAAUCACUUCGGAGAUGAACACUAUACUUAUGGAGAUUGA